AAUGCUUACUAGUAGGCAGAGCAGCUGUAUAACUGAAUUAUGAUUUUCAGUAUAAACAAAGUUCAUUGGAUAAUGCAUUGUUCAAAUUCAUUCAUAACUCCCAACAUAAAAUGCAGUAUAUUAAUAUGGUUCCCAGCAAAUGUUACCACAAAACUUUCAAUGGAAUGCAGGUAUGAACUGAUGCAGAAGGAAGUGCAAGGGAAGUAUAAUAUAUGGCAUUACAGAAUGUCUUCAUUAUCGGUUUCUAAAGGGUUAUUUUUAAUCCAGUUUUGUAUCUUUUAGUUUGUCGAAAGUGAUGAUGAUGAAGAACUUCUGUUUAAUAUCCCGUUUACAGGCAAUGUGAAGCUAAAAGGGAUAAUUGUGAUGGGAGAGGAUGAUGACACACACCCCUCAGAGAUGAGACUGUUCAAGAAUGUUCCUCAUAUGUCAUUUGAUGAUACAGCCAAAGAACCAGAUCAAGUUUUCAGUCUGAAUCGGGAUCUAACAGGAGAACUGGAAUAUGCCACAAAAAUUGCUCGUUUCUCAAAUGUUUACCAUCUCUCCAUCCAUAUUUCCAAGAAUUUUGGAGCUGAGACGACAAAGAUCUUUUAUAUAGGCCUGAGGGGAGAAUGGACAGAGGCUUAUCGACAUGAAGUGACCAUCUGUAACUACGAAGCAUCAGCAAACCCAGCUGACCACAAAAUUGAUCAGAUCAUGCCGGAGACCCACUUCAUUUCCUAACAGUAGCUCCAGGAUGCUUCCAAAAGUUCUGUUAUCAGUACACUGAAUUAAUGUACUGACACUCAAGAGAGCAGGUUUUUGGGGCUCUGGAGAGUGUUGGAAAUCACUUCUUCUUGUCUUUGCCCUGGGAAAAAGAGUGCCAAUGCAUGAAAUCUUUUAUAAAGUGAAUUAAGGGCAAUCAUCUGUUGGGUGCUUCAGCACAUUGAAGAAUCUGGCCUUGAAGUAGUGGAGUGUGCCUCUUUCACAGUGGCAACCUAGUGGCCUAAUCACUUUUGUUGCCAAGUGUAAAUAAAGCUUAUCUUCUCACUAUCUAUGCCCUAAGCUUCAAGAGCAAUGGAAUAACCACCGGCAGAUCUGUUGUCCUUUAGUAUUGAACAAUUGCUCCUGGUGUCAAGCUUGAACCUAAUGAUGACUUGAGGAAUUCUAAACUGAAACUUGCAUCUUGAGAUUGUCCCCCUGAAAUGUAAAUUGAGGGUAAUCGAAGAGUGGGAGAUGCUGCAUCUGUAUUGUAUGAUAGGGAGUGGGAGGGCUUGGCUUUGCAGAAAGUAUUUAAAGUACUGUGUGUGUGUAAAGUUUUAUUGUCUUGCUAAAGGGCGGGAGCCUUGACUCCUUGUUAGAAGUCAGAACUGGAGAUCCAGUUUUUAGGCACCUUAGAACGAAUGUAACUAAUUUUUCCCAAUAAAUCCAUAGCAGCUGUA